AUUGAUGUGAGUUCGGCAACGUCUCACGAAACCAGAACGUCGUUUGUAAGAUUCCGUUGAUGCUGUGACAGUUUUCCUACCAGUAUCAACUAGCUAAUGAAAUGCGUAAUUGAACGCUGUUCAGAGUGACUAGUGGAGAUUUAGUUAGUUGCGCUCGUCAUUCAGACAACCAGUACGAGUCAGUCGAAUGCGACUGAUUUGCGUGAUCACUAGUCGGUAUGUGGAUCGUCGUUAUUCUAGUUGUACUUUUCAAUAGUAGCACCGGCCAGCAAUCAUGUGUAGUAAAAUUUGACUCUGUUAGCUACGGAUUAGGUUUUGUCAAUGAAACCUUCACAAAAGUUCAAUAUUGCGUAUAUUUGGGUGUUCGAUAUGCGGAAGCUCCUGUAGGAUCGCUGAGGUUCAGAAACCCAGUUCUUCACAACACUACUGGUCCACAAAACUUCACAAAAGUGGGAAAUAUAUGUCCCCAGAGAGUCGAUAUCAAUAAGCCAACGGAUUUAAUCGGAGAGGAAGACUGUCUUUUCCUGAAUAUCUAUUCGCCGUUUGUUGCGGGAAACGGAAGCAAUGCUGCCAUCAAAUAUCCAGUUUUAGUGUUCAUUCAUGGCGGAACAUUUGUGGCCGGAUCGGCUCUAACGGACGUUGUGUAUGGAGUUGAUCUUCUGAUAGAGAGUGGUGUUUUGGUAGUCAGCAUCAACUACCGACUGUACACAUUGGGAUUUCUUCGUUAUCCCCCACUGAACAUUACCGGAAACUUCGGACUGAAAGAUCAACGGAUAGCUCUACGGUGGGUUCAAAAAAAUAUAAAAUUAUUUGGUGGCGAUCCCAAACGAGUUACUUUGAUGGGUCAAAGUGCAGGAGCUGGCUCAGUUACUCUUCACAUGUACGCUGAACAUUCGCAAGGCUUAUUCCAUCAAACUGUGGCUUUAGGAGGUGCGAUGAUAGCACCCUGGGCCACUUUUCUCAAUCCACAAAUACUAGCUGAUGAAGUAAUAUCGAGAUUCAAUGUCUCCACCCUUGAGCAGCUCCAAGAAAUGGAUUACAAACAAUUUAUGUUCACGGAUAGUUUCGAUACAUAUGGUUUUUUCAAUAUGUUCUAUCCGGGCUUCGUACCAACGGUGGAAACCGGAGAAGACUCGGAACCAUUCAUUACUACCACACCUCAUGAGUUGGUAUUGUCCAAGCCAAUUAACGAAGUACCCACCAUAAUCGAACACACCGCCACAGAGUUUGAGUUUCUUCUACAUAAUCUAGACUUUUUCUUCAUGGGAAAGAAUUUUCCCAACAAAAACAAUAAAGAUCAACUUAAAAGUGUCACCAAGCUGCUAAUGGCCAAAGUGCGAAUCCUGAGAGAUACAGGUUUCUUCCGAAAGCUUGCAAACACAGCCAAUCUGAUAUACCCUAUCAAGCGAUUACUGCGACACCUAGCGAAGCAACUGGACCAGACUCCAGUUUACUAUCUUCGGUUUGAAUUUGACGGUCGCUUUGGGUUUUACAAAAAUGAAUACUACAAGAACAAAAUAAACGGAGGUCGAUACGGAGCCGUUCAUGGCGAUGAUCUAGGAUAUAUUUUCUCGCCAUACGUUAUAAAGGAAGCACUGGCCAACCGGAGCGAGUAUCAAUCGGAAUGGAAAGUUCACGAAAGGACGGUUGAACUGCUGGCGAAUUUUGUGAAAUAUGGAAAUCCAACGCCAAAGAAAAGCAAACUCUCCAAUAUCCUGUGGCCUGCGUACAAUGAGAAUUCCACUUACCCGCAGUUCUUGAACAUCGACCGAUCGUUUGAGGUACGAACGGACCGCGAUGUAGAUGAUGAGUUCUUUUGCUUCUGGGAACGGAUCUAUCAGUGUUUGUACUACUACGAGUGUGAUAUGGAGGAACCGGUGGGGAAAGAAAGUGACAUUCCGAAGCAAAACAAAACGAUUAUAGCAGUUUAUUCUGAUGUAAGGCAAAAUGUUGUAGUGGAUCUAGAGUAAGUAAUUUUGGAGAAAAUGUAUUUUGAUUAUGUUCAAAGAGAUAUACCAAUAUACUAUUUACUACUUAA